UGUUUCCGGCCGACGUUAUUUUGAGUGAAGACUCGUGGAAAUCCUGGUUGAUUCGCGCUCUAAUAACGAUCACCUUUACGGCUUCAUCGUGGAGAGCUUAAUGGCUGCCCCAGGUCCUAAUAAGGACAACAUCAGAGCUGGGUGCAAGAAAUGUGGAUAUCCGGGCCACUUGACCUUUGAGUGCCGGAACUUUGUCCGAGUUGACCCCCAGAAAGACAUUGUUCUGGAUGUAAGCAGCACCAGCAGUGAGGAAAGUGACGAAGACGAUGUACCUGCAGCUAAAGUCAUUGAGAAGCUGGGGCGAAGUAGAGGUUCCCAUAAUGAUGAAAAUGAUGGUAGGAAAGGGAGACACAAACAGAAGAAGAGCAGUGACAGAAAGUCAAGAAAGAGAUCUAACUCGUCGAGUGAUGAGACUACAAAGAAAAAAAAGAAACGCAGCAGUUCCUGCUCCUCAUCUGACGAGGAGGAGAGGGGGAAGAAAAAGAAAGUGAAAAGCCGGAAGAAGAAAAGCAAAAAGACCAAAAAGGAACAUGGGAAGCAUCAGAAGAAGAGUCAGAAGAAGAAGAAACAAGAAUCCUCUUCUGCUUCUUCCGGCUCUAGUGACUCCUCAGACAGUGACUGAGACUGUACAGUGUCCGGAGGUCCAACAGGUUUAUUCUCCGUCAAACUGCGUGAAUAAGGCGCCUCAUCUUCCACUUCAUCAAGGAUUUAAAUGAUUAAUUAGUCCAAAAAUACCGUAGAGCGUACUAUAUGUUUUAUGCCAUCAUGUCAGUGGAAAAAAAAUGAUUUUGGGAUGCUCUGAAGAAUUUUGUAAAACAUGUAGGAAGCCAGGGAACAUGUUCUGUUAUCGUGUUUCUUUGCUGCGUGCAGAGGAAUCUUUAAGUGACACAUGGUACACUCAUCAUACAUGUCUUUAGUAAUACGUUUCUGGAUGCUGUCCUGUAGUUGUUGCUCUUUUAUACGUUUUCCUGCUUUAAUGCCUUUUUUUUUUUUUUUUCUUUUUUUGACCCAAAAAUAUUUUAAAGGGGUCAAAAGUGAAUCACAAACCUGAUUUGACAAGAUACGAAUGGCCAAGGAUAACGAUCACCAAUACUCAGUGGCGUAUUUUUUUAUCAGUGCUGACGUGUCAGCCAGUAGUUCAACUGCUGCUAACUGGUCUUCUCUUAGUUUAUAAUUGCCUAAAUGUUUAUGUUGUACUUUUUCUAGGAUGACUUUAUGUACAAUGAAACUCCUGGACGUACCUGUGAGACUGUGUGGUUGCUACUAAUGUGAUUAUUGUCAAAGAAAGGUUAUCAUUUAACCACCCACACCUUGUUGAAAACCAUCUGGUCAUUUCAAAAGUUCAUUCCAAAAAUAUUGUGCGUAUUAUUUAAAAAUCAUUAACAGAUUUUUUUGAUACAGCUUUGUUUAUUUCCUAUGCACAAUGUACUAUUGCUUCGGUCUGUCAUCUUUGGUCCUCCCCAUAAGUGUACUUUUAUUGUAGUAAAAUAUAUAUAUUUGUAUCUCUGUCUCUAGAAUUCUUUUUUUCCUGUAGAGGGCAGCAAAAUACCUUGAAUGUGAGAUGAAGGACAGUGAUCUCAAACACCUUUCUGAGUAUUAAAGAUGAAAAGGAAAUGUGUGGCUGAGGCAAAUAUACAUCAACAAAAAGAAAAUAUUUAAUCUGUAUGUUUCAAGUGUCAAACACAAAUCCAAAGUGCGAUGUUUGUAUCCUAAGCAAACAUUUUGUUCAAUAAUCAAUUUACAAUAUGACUAUUAUAGUCAUUCAAUGGCACACAUGCCACAUAUUCUGUGGAAUAACAUGUUAAUACUUAAUAUUUCUGGUGAGAGUCUGUAUUUAGGUGUGAAGCACAGUAACAAGAAAGUUCACUAUAUUGUAUAAACCAUUAAAAUGUUGCUUGACAUGCAACUGCUUUGCAUCAGGUACUUAUA